AUGCAUCUGUUUUGUAGGCCGUUGCAGCUUACAAUAUUCGGAUGUAUCAGAAGGCAGAAUAAAAAUCCUCUAUGUCAUUUAGACGGUCCACUGCCUCAAGAAUCUGCUGUUGGGGCAUUGAGAAACUUGGUUGGAGUGAUUUCAGUUGAUGUUUUGGUUUCAUUAGGCCUUCUUCCAAGGCUGGUGCAUGUGCUUAAAUCAGGUUCUCUUAGUGCACAAAAGGCAGCAAAUUCAACAAUCUGUCUAAUCUGCAACUCAACUGAAAUAAAAAGAUUAGUGGGUGAAUAUGGAUGCAUUCCUCUUCUCAUAAAGAUGCUGGAGGCUAAAUCUAUCAAUGCGAGAGAGAUUGCAUUACAAGGAUUUUCAAGUUUGAUGUACAUUUCCCAUAAUUGUAGAGAAGGUAAAAGAGAUGAUAAAAGUUUACCAAAUUUAGUUGUCUUGCUCGAUCUAAGUUUUCAGAACAAUUAG